AGAGCUUUUCACCAACAGCGCCUUUAAUGACAGAAGUAGCUUGUCUAUCGUUGUUGCCGUCUAUCUAGCUAACGUUAUUAGCUUUGAUUGCUUCUGCUGCCAGGAUGUCUGAAAACAGGGAUAAAGCAACCGAUCAAAUGAAAUUAUGGAAGGAGGGUAGGACCUCUCAGAAAGCGGAGACUCUGACGACUGGCGCAGGGGUUCCAGUUGGGGACAAGUUGAAUGAGCAGACGGCGGGCCCCCGGGGGCCUCUGUUGGUCCAGGAUGUGGUGUUCACAGACGAGAUGGCGCACUUUGACCGGGAGCGCAUCCCAGAGAGGGUGGUCCACGCCAAGGGAGCUGGUGCGUUUGGAUACUUCGAGGUUACUCAUGACAUCACCCGUUUCUGCAAAGCCAAAGUGUUUGAGCACGUGGGCAAGACCACACCCAUCGCUGUGCGUUUCUCUACUGUAGCUGGGGAGUCUGGUUCUGCAGACACAGUGCGGGACCCGCGGGGUUUUGCAGUGAAGUUCUACACAGACGAGGGAAACUGGGACCUGACGGGCAACAACACGCCCAUCUUCUUCAUCAGAGACGCCCUGCUGUUCCCCUCCUUCAUCCACUCUCAGAAGCGCAACCCGCAGACGCACCUGAAGGACCCGGACAUGGUGUGGGAUUUCUGGAGCCUGAGGCCCGAGUCUCUGCACCAGGUGUCCUUCCUCUUCAGCGACCGCGGUAUCCCCGACGGCCACCGCCACAUGAACGGCUAUGGCUCUCACACCUUCAAGCUGGUCAACGCUGAGGGCCACCCUGUCUACUGCAAGUUCCACUACAAGACUGACCAGGGCAUUAAAAACAUUGCUGUGGAAGAUGCGGACCGCCUGGCAUCCACCGACCCGGACUAUGGCCUCCGAGACCUGUACAACGCCAUCUCCAACGGCAACUUCCCCUCCUGGACUUUCUACAUCCAGGUCAUGACCUUUGACCAGGCUGAGAAGUUCCAGUUUAACCCCUUUGAUCUGACCAAGGUGUGGCCCCAUAAAGAUUACCCCCUCAUCCCUGUGGGCAAGAUGGUCCUGAACCGCAACCCCAUCAACUACUUUGCUGAGGUGGAGCAGCUGGCUUUCGACCCUAGCAACAUGCCCCCGGGGAUUGAACCCAGCCCUGACAAGAUGCUGCAGGGCCGCCUAUUCUCGUACCCGGACACCCACCGGCACCGUCUGGGUGCCAACUACCUGCAGCUUCCUGUCAACUGCCCCUUCAGGACCCGAGUGGCUAACUACCAGAGGGAUGGGCCCAUGUGCAUGUUCGACAACCAGGGUGGAGCCCCUAAUUACUACCCCAACAGCUUCAGCGCCCCGGAUACGCAGACCUGCUUUAUGGAGUCCAAGUUCAAGGUGUCCCCCGAUGUGGGUCGCUACAACAGCGCCGACGAAGACAACGUCACACAGGUGCGGACCUUCUUCACCCAGGUGUUGAAUGAGGAGGAGCGGCAGAGGCUGUGCCAGAACAUGGCUGGACACCUGAAAGGGGCACAGCUCUUCAUCCAGAAACGCAUGGUGCAGAACUUGAUGGCCGUCCACCCAGACUAUGGGAACCGAGUGCAGGACCUGCUCAACAAGUACAAUGCAGAGGCCCAGCAGAACGCUGUACGAGUGUACACCAGGGGCGGGGCUUCAGCCAUGGCCGCCUCCUCAAAGAUGUGAGCCGAGUCCGUGCAGCUGAAGAGGGUUCUAGUGCCCCAAAAAUCCUGCUGCUUCCAUUGCACUUACUUUCUAUUCCUCAGCCGAGAAGCCAUGCCUCUACCCCUCCCCCCCCCGCUCCCAUUGCACUUACUUUCUAUUCCUCAGCCGAGAAGCCAUGCCUCUAACCCCCCCCCCCCCCCGCUGCUCCCCAAGCACAAGCACUCGUUUCUCUUCUUCUUUUGUGUGCGUGUGUGUGUGUGUGUGUGUGUGCGCGCGCCAGGUUUAGUGGAUUCCAAGCAAACAAACCCAGAUCUGCUGUCUGAUGCACGUUUUUGGCUGUAGUAAGACUGAAACUGGCCUAGAUUCGUUUUUUAAUCCAACAUUUUUUGUAACCCUGGCAUUCCAACUGAUUCCUACCCCGAGUUUGUCUCUGCGAGAGGACUGCGUGCCUUUAAAGAGAGGGUAAUCUCAUUUAUACUCGGAGCACUUGGGCUCUACUAACAAGGCUUACCAAACGUGAGUAGGGAGUAUAUUUCAGUGUGUGAUUUGAAACUGUGUGACUUAACUAUGAUAGGGAUCUGUACCAAAUGAAGCUCAGCUACCCUGGACACCAUUGCCUUACUGUCAUUAAAUAAAGAAUGGAAUGUACUCCUGAAAGCCACUGACAUUCUGUAACAAUAACUCUCUUCAAUAAUAUCAAAAUCUUAUUCCCGCAGACUGACAGAGUGAAAUCUAACCUUUGCUAUUUGGCAAAUAAGCUAUUAUAUCAAGCUAUACGUUACCCUUAGCUUCGCUCUUGAAGAUGAUGAUUUUGAUUCAAUGCUCGCAUAAUUCCUUGAGAUUUCAGAUUUUUUAUUUUUUUAUUUUAUUUCUUUUUUUUUUUAAAUGGUUUUAUUCACCAGUCAAAAUAAUAUGUAAGUGUUUUGGCAGCAUACACACAGCAAAAACGUAAGAUGGGUUUAGGUCCCUGUUAGCUUGUUCCAAGCAGUGAUAACACAAACUGUUGCCAUGAUUGGAUUAAAGUCCCGCUUAUUAGAGGAGCCGGUACUUCUAGAUGCUCUUAGGGCAGAUGUUGCGUGCCAUGUUCAUUACAAAUUGACUAGUGCAUAAUUCAGAAAUUAAACUAUAAAAAUCAUGGAACCACUCUGAAUUUCUUGUCACCCUAAUUAGUGAUUACAUGCAUUGGAAGAUAAUUGUUUGCUAAAUGAGUUGGAACACGUCCAAUUGAGGCUUUUCAAGACUUGGUUUUUGUGUGCAUAAAAAGACUGCAUAGUGUCCGAAAAGGAAUUUGUGUAAUAUCCGGAAAUUGUAAGGAAUUAGGUGAGUACUGAUUGAUCUACAUUGCUUACGAUUUUGAUUUCAGCUACCGAUGAGAGGAGAAGCUUUGUAAACCUCAAAUAGGAGUGGAGUUAUUCAUUGGUCUUAAACUGGUCAGUAGUGUUUUACCAUGGAGAGCAAAGUCUUUAUUUGGCUUGCGCUUCAUUCAGCCAACAGUGGCUCCGCCCAUUUAAGGGCUCAUGAAGCCUCUCUCCCCAUUGGUGGUUCCAGCACCCAUUGACAUGGGUGAUUGACAUGUUUCAUGGGUCUUGCUGCGUUCCAUGUCAAUCAGCCUUUGCUUACGUCCAAGCACUGUACGCCAGCCACGCCUUUCCUUUUAUAACACCUGUUCUCUGAUAAGUGCGUCUCAGUGGCAAACCUGUUCCUGUUGUGCAAAAAAACGAAUGAAUAAAACCUUACUGGCUCUCCUGACCGUACCCUUUAGCCUUGUGUGCGUGUGUCUACAGCGGAAGAAAUGAAAGGACACAUAAAAAGAAUAAUGGUAAUAAAAUAAAAUCUGCCCGAAUUGAAAUUCCCUUCCAGUCCAUUAACAUGUGUGAAACAAACGCUCUUACCACACUGUGGUGGUAGCCUGCAAUCCAAGUUGAUGCUUUGUUUUGCACUUUAACCAUACAGCAUUUAAAUAAUGAGGGGAAAAAAUCAUGUUGAGCCCCGAGUGCAUUUCAUGUGUUCCUCACAUCCCAUCAUAUACUCAUAUUAUGCGGCCGGCUAAGAUUGUGGCAAAUAUGCCGUUAGAGGCUAAUUGUCCUCCAUCUGUCUGUCUUCAGUGAAAUUCUUUAUUCUAAUAAUAUGCAGUUGCACUACGAAUGCCAUCAAGCUUAAUUCUAUUUGUGCAUAUGAAAUAAAAAAUAAAUUAAUACUAUGUAUUUGCUUAUUUUUUGUGUGGUCAAAUGUAGGCCAUUUCACAAGAGAAUAUGAGCCGUUGUGCAUGAAAUGUAUUCAUAAUUGUUUCAACCGAACCUUAAAAAAAUGUUGAAAUCUAAUAAACGUUUCUUCUUUCCAA